AUGUCGAAAGUCAACACACUGGCCCCCAUGGCCAGCUUGCACUCCAAGGCAGCCAACUUUGUAGCCCAGAAGAUGUUCUAGGACCAGUACACCUUCAGCACAAACUUGGUGCAGUGUCACUUGUACAGCUUUUGCCUGGUGCACACUCCUCCACUCUGCCCUGAUUUCAGAGCCCUUUGGGCCCUGCCCCCUCACUUCAGUGCCUCCACUGAGCCCAACUACCUCAGGCUCAUCUCCAACUAUGACCACUUCAUCUAGGCCAUGGAGCUAGGGGGCUGGGUCUUAGCCAUCACUGCCCUGCGCACCUGCAAGCUGGCCCUAGAAAGGCUCAAGGCCAAUGAGGUGAGUGACUGCCUGGCCAUCGAGGCCAUAUACAGCAUAGUUGUUGGCAAUGCCAAUUUCUCAAAGGAACUCUAGGCCUGUGAGGAAGAAAAGCAACAACACAAGAUCAUGGCCUCCUUCCACCAGGGCUACAGAGAAUGCUAUUCAGAAGUGGUUGUGGGCCACUACUCCAUGCAUGACCUGCUGUUCGGGAAACAGACUGGGCCCAAGCAGUUCUCCACCUGGGUGAUCUCACUGCAGGACAGCCCUGGCCUGGUGGACUAUACCCUGGAGCCUCUUCAUGUGCUCCUGGGGGGCCGUGACCCAUGACGGGAGGCACUGAGGCGGGCCGUGAGCAAGUACAUGAGGGACAGGGCACGGUAACAAUGCAGCCAGCCCUGCCCCCCGGGACAGUGGAAGAACCCCUAUGACCCAUGCCAGUGUGUGUGCCAUGGCUUGAUGGUCACCAACCAGGACUGCUGUCCUUGGCAGAGAGGCCUGGCCCGGCUGGACAUAGUCAUCAGCCAAGCGUGCAAUUUGUGGGGAGACAGUGUCACUGCCACAGACGCUGACGUGAAGGUCAUCUUUGGUGACCAGGAGCUGAAGACAGGCACCCUAUGGAACAAUAACAACCCCAGGUGGAUGACAGAGAUGGGCUUUGGGGAGGUGCUCCUGUCCAUGAUGGGACCCCUGAGGGUACAGGUCUGUCACACAGACUGUGGCUGGGAUGACCUCCUCGGCUCUUGUGACCGAAAGCUUACUGCCCAGAAAUCAGAGAUCAAAGACAUCUGUUAUUUUAGUGAAGGGUCUCUGGAGUUCACCAACAAGGUGACUUGUGUCCUGUACCUGAGAGGACCCGGGUGCCUGCAGUACAGCCCUCAGGGAGUCAUGGGGAGCUCCUGGGGAGCUGCAGAGGUGCUGUGCGGUGAGGGCUGGUGGCUCAUCUCACCUGCCCAAGGCCUUGACUACUGGCUUCUCUAA